GUUUGCUCUGGAUCCGCCCCUGGAUGCUGCCGUGUCUAAUUAUUUGAGGUCCUUUUCCUGGACGAUCUUAAACUAUUCAACAUGUUAUUGAAUGGUUAUCCAAACUGGGAAAUUUGUGGCUUUGCUAAAGAUGGUUGUUUGCUGUUUCAUUCAAUUAAUGAUUAAAUGUAUUCAACUGUUUCAACAAAAGGCAUUUCAAUCACUCUAAUGUUAAUACAGUUGAUCAAUCUCGACGGCAUUUACCCCCUUAAUAUGAUUCAAACGCAAAUAAAUACUUUAAUAAUUGGGAAACUAUCUUUAAGCAACUGUGUAAGUUGUUUAAUGUUAUGAUUAUUUUUAAUCACAAACAUAUAAAAGUGACCCUGCUGUCCCAUAUCUUGCUUAUUCCCUUCGUCUUUGAAGCCAGUGGACCAAAAUGACAUCAAAUCUUGCUUUAUCAGCGAUUCUGGCAUUGCUUCUUGCUGCUGCAGGCCCGGUGCUUGGCAAAAGCUAUUCCAUUGAGGUGUACACUGGUGAUCGAGACUAUGCAGCGACAGAUGCCGGUGUAUAUUUGCAAAUCUUUGGUGCUUCUGCGUCCACUCACGAGCUCCAUUUGAACGGAAGAAACCUCUUUGACCGUGGAAGUAAGGAUCUUUUCAAACUGACAACACAGGAUCUUGGAAAGCUGGAAAAAAUUAAGAUUCGACACGAUAACAGCUGGUGGGGUCCUGGUUGGUUCCUUGACAAGGUGGUUAUAUCUGAUGACGACUCAGUUGCAAAGUAUGAAUUUAACUGCUAUCGAUGGCUUUCAGACAGCGAUGACGACGGAAAAAUAGAAAGAACAAUUCAAGUUCGACUUACAGGCUCAUGUGGACUUCGUGCUACUUCGCGUAUUGUCAAUGGCAACACAUCUCAACCAAAUUCAUGGCCUUGGCAGGCCCAACUGGCCUACAAGAGGUAUUCUCAUAUCUGUGGAGGAUCUCUCAUUCAUCCUCAGUGGGUCCUAACUGCAGCACAUUGUGUGGAGGAUGACUUGGCUGCCAGUGGCUACAGGGUUACAAUGGGAGAACACCAUCUCACAAACAAAGACGGACCUGAGCAAGUAUUUGGCAUUCAAAAGAUCAUCAUGCAUCAUGCAUACGACUCAUAUGAAAUUGACAACGACAUUGCAUUGAUGAAACUCGACAGACCAGCGUUACUUACAAAGGAGGUUGGACUUGUUUGCCUCCCCAAUCAGGAUGACCGUGUUCCAACAGGUAAAAACUGCAUUGUCAGUGGCUGGGGUGAUCUUUAUGGUGGUGGGCCAACACCAACGAAACUGCAAGAAGCCACCUUACCAGUAGUGUCAAACGACGAUUGCAAGAAAGGGAAUGCACUUAUUGGAAAGGUCACCGAAAACAUGCUUUGCGCAGGGGCAGGUGGUACAAAUAACGUGGCUAGUUGUCAUGGUGAUAGUGGUGGUCCAUUCGUAUGUCCAGAAGGAGGGCAGUGGAAGCUUCGUGGAGUAGUGAGUUGGGGUGAAUCAAGAUGCGUGCCCGGAAAUAGCUACGAUGUUUUCGCCCGAGUAUCCAGGUUUUCAAAUUGGGUCCUCGGUCAAAUAUCUACGGAGUGAUAGACAUUUUCUAACAACCGAACCUAUCCCCUGGAACUGCAUAAUUUGAGGAGAAUCUCAUUUUUGUAUUAAAUUUUCCUUGUUACUAAUGGAUUAAAAGCUAAAGAAA